AUUGUUUCAUCUCAAAAAAUCAUUCAUAGGGAGAUAGCAGAUUUCUAUUGUUCUUCAGGGAUGAUUGGGAAAAUAGUUGUAAUUCUCUUCAUUGGUUUCUUGGCAUUUGUUUAUCAAGCAAUUACGCCACCUCCUCCGAAAAUUUGUGGUUCCCUGGAUGGCCCUCGCAUCACUGCACCACGAAUAAAACUUUCCGAUGGAAGGCAUUUGGCUUAUAAAGAGCAAGGCGUUCCCAUAGCCCGAGCAAACUACAAGAUUGUUUUCAUCCAUGGAUUCGAUUGUUGUAGGCAUGACGUUGCUUUCGCCAGCACCCUUUCUCAUGAUGUUAUUGAGAGCUUGGGAAUAUACAUUGUUUCGUUUGAUCGACCUGGUUAUGGGGAAAGUGAUCCUCAUCCACAACGAACACCUAAGAGCUUAGCUCUCGACGUUGAGGAGCUAGCUGAUCAAUUGAAAUUGGGAUCCAAAUUCUAUGUAACAGGAUUUUCCAUGGGUGGACAAGCUGUUUGGGGCUGUCUCAAAUAUAUUCCUCAUAGAUUGGCAGGAGCAGGGCUUCUAACACCCGUGGCUAACCUAUGGUGGCCUGGUUUUCCUUCAAAUUUGACUGAAAGAUCAUACUACGAUAAGCUAUCCCCGGAUCUAUGGACAGUUCGAGUUGCUCAUUAUCUUCCGCGGCUGACUUAUUGGUGGAACACUCAGAAGUUUUUUCCUUCUUCUAGCGUUGUAGCUCACAGCCCGGAUAUCUUUUCAACUCAGGACAAACAAUUAGCAUCGAGGUUGGAUGCCUUGCAAGAACCAUAUCGGGCACAAAUUAGACAACAAGGGGAGUUCGAGUCCAUCCAUCGUGACAUGAUAAUUGGAAUUAAGACAUGGGAAUUCGACCCAAUGGAUCUUGAGGACCCGUUCCCUAACAAAGAAGGCUCUGUUCACAUAUGGCAAGGGGACGAGGACGGGCUUGUACCUGUCAUUCUGCAACGAUAUGUUGCAGAACGACUAGGUUGGGUUCGAUAUCACGAACUUAAAGGUAGUGGUCACUUGUUUCCUUAUGCAGAUGGAAUGGGAGAUAAGAUUAUGAAGACAUUCUUACUAGGAGACACCUUCGUUCUAUAAAUGUAUAUAAAGGUCCAUGCUGCUCGAACUCUUCAAAAAUAUAUUUAAUUAUGUGUCAGAUCAUCCAGAACAUAUGUAUUUUCAGAGAAAUCAACAAAAAUACAAUAAUUUUUCUUAUAAGGGUUUGAGCAACAUAGAUUAAAGUUCUCAUAACAACUGCUCUUGCAAGUUAUAUGUUACUCUCUUUGAAAAUUAAAUUUUAUGUUCUAUAUUUCAUUGUAUUGAGAUUUAGUCUCUAA